GCCACUGUCUUCUUCGUUCUACUAUCUUCCUCGAUUCAUCCAUACAACGGUAGAGAUCAUACCCAUCGAGAGAGAGGGAGAAGAAUACCGAGAGCUCGAUUAGCGACAGUGACUAUGGCGGAGAAUGAUAUUUUGUAUUUUGAGCUUAACACUGGAGCUAAAAUACCCUCUGUAGGCUUGGGGACUUGGCAGUCUAGUCCUGGUUUGGUAGCCGAUGCUGUCACUGCUGCCAUUAAGAUUGGAUAUCGCCAUAUCGAUUGUGCUCAAAUUUAUGGUAAUGAGGCUGAGAUUGGCUUAGCUCUGAAAAAACUGUUUGAAGAAGGUGUGGUGAAGCGUGAGGAUUUGUGGAUCACUUCUAAACUAUGGAAUCGUGAUCAUGCACCAGAAGAUGUACCAUUGGCAUUGGAUAGAACCUUGGGAGACUUGCAACUUGAUUAUGUUGACUUAUACCUUAUACACUGGCCAGUGAAGAUGAAAAAGGGGUCAGUAGGCUUCCAGCCUGAGACCCUUGAUCAAACAGACAUACCAGCCACUUGGAAAGCAAUGGAAGCACUUUAUGAUUCAGGCAAGGCUCGAGCUAUUGGUGUAAGCAAUUUUUCUACCAAGAAACUGGCAGAUUUGCUCGAUAUAGCACGAGUUCCUCCAGCUGUUAAUCAAGUGGAAAUUCAUCCUUCUUGGCAACAAGCCAAGCUACAUGAACUUUGCAAAUCCAAAGGAGUUCACCUUAGUGGGUAUUCACCGCUCGGUUCUCCGGGCACUACAUGGAUAAAAAGUGAUGUCCUUAAGAAUCCAAUUCUCACCACUGUAGCAGAGAAAUUGGGUAAAACCCCUGCUCAAGUAGCUCUGCGAUGGGGCCUGCAAAUGGGUCACAGUGUUCUUCCUAAAAGCACAAAUGAAGCCAGAAUCAAAGAAAACUUUGGUGUUUAUGGUUGGUCUAUACCCGAUGACUUGUUUGCCAAGUUUGCCGAGUUUGAGCAGGCAAGACUCCUUAAAGGAUCCUCAUUUGCACACGAGACUUGUGGCUCAUAUCGUACCCUCGAGGACCUUUGGGAUGGUGAAAUCUAAAAAGUUAAAUCAUUCUUAAACCAAAUGGAGAGAAAGAACAGCAAAACAGAAGACACCAUUGGCUUGUUUCUUCAUUUAAUUCUUCUCAAACAUUUGGUUGUCAUUAGACCUCUUCUGUUUUAAUUUCAUGGAAAAUAAGUACUGGAUUUGGUUAUGUUUAUGGCCUUGGUUUUCUUUGAAUAUGGUCGUGGUUUACAAUCUGGAAGUUUAAGAAAUGAGAAUGUGGAAAAAUGAGCUCAUUGGGAGCAAAAUAAUUUAUAAACGAGGCAAUAUUUUCGGCCUCCGAACAGAAGAUUCAAAUCAGCUGUGAAAUGCUGUGUCUUAAAGUAGUGUUUAACUAAUUAACAUUCAUCAUGUAGAUCUUUCGUUUGAUUAUUACUAGGUAAUACGCUUAGCUC